GUGAUGCCGGUGGUGAGGGAGGGCAGUUGCAGAUCCAUAGGUACGGACGGACGUACGAAGUACAUGAGUUAGGGAGGUUGCGGGUCCCGGGAUUCCUACUGCCAGCGGAAAGACAGUUGUUAAAAAAAGAAAGGUGGCUGCUGGGAGAUCUGUGUUAGAUGGAGCAUCGGUAUGCGCCGACGGCAUCAGUGCAUUGGUCCGCCACGAUACAGUUAGAAGGAUGGAAGGAAGGAAGGAAGGAUGGAUGGAUGGUACUGUAUCGCAUCUUGCGUCUGGCAUAACGGGAUGUUGGAGUAGUCAGGCUGGGUGCGGUUGCGCUCCGUAUGCCCAUGCCCAUGGCCCCUUGCCCAGCUCCAUCCACAUUCAUCCAUCAUCCCACUCAUACUACGUAGUCAUCCGUAGUCAUCCGCCAUCAUCCGCCAUGCGCGCUGCAUAUGACUCUCUCUCGCUCACUCUCUCGCUCACCUCUCCCACGCUCACGCGCCCAUAUAAUCCCGAUCCCAUGUCCACUCUCGCUGUCCGCUUGACCCUCCACCUUUGGCCUUGUCGGUGCUUGGUGCUUGCUGCAUGUAGUACUGUAUGCUCGAGGAAACUAGGGACGCGCCCCUCCGCACGUGGAGACGGCUGGGGGGGUCGCCGGCGACAUGGCGGACGGACGACCCUUGUUUCCCUUUGCACGCCCGCGCUGACUGCCGCACCACACAGCAGAGGCGGGCGUUCGUCAUGGUUGUGGUGGUCGUGGUUGAGAUGCAUAGUACAGCAGCCACUCUCAGCCUGACAAAGGUCGGCGCCGCCCUGACUAAAAGGAGGAAAUAAAAGGAAAUCCAAGCAUGUUAGGGCUGUCAGCUGUCCACGGGUGCCAUGAGGUAGCCCGUAGCGCCCCCCAGGUCCACUAAAUGGACAAGAUUCAGCGCGCCUCCAGCGGUUCAACGUAUGUCCGUCCGCCCGCCGCUGGUCCGGUUUUCGCUCGCUUGACC